AUGUCAAGCAUGAAUUAUAAUAAUUAUAAUAAUCAAUUACUAUUACAAUCAACAACAACAGCACCAGCACAAAGAUAUAUGAAUAAUCAACGUCGAGGUGGUGCUGUCUAUAGGAACAAACAAUACAACUACCAAUAUAGGAAUUCUAUUCCUGAUAGAAAUUAUAAUAAUGAUUUUUACAGUCUUCAAAAUAAUACGGAUAACAAUUUUUCCAAUCGUCAAAACAAUAAUAAUAAUAUUUUUUAUAAUCGCAAUUUUCAACAACGUCACAAUCGUUAUAGUAUGAAUAAUGACUCUAUGGAAAGUUAUUAUAAUUAUAACAAUAGGCCACCAAUAUUUCAAAGUAGAUUUAAUUUAAAUCGAAGAAUAAAUCGCUCCGGAUCAAGAGAAUAG